AUGGCACAAGAAGGUUUGGAGUCCGCUCUUGAGAAAGAGAAUGCUAUCAGGAGUUUAGAAAUGUUUACUGAAUCUCAAGAGAAGCUGGAGAGCCUCAUCGAAGCGCAGGCACAACAACAGCAAAGCCAGAUGGACCUCCGCCAGGAGCUGCUCCAGCAGCAAACUAUUUGUGAAGGCCUGUCCCAAGAAUUGGCGGAGCAACAAGGUCUUUCUCGAAUGGGGGCUGGCCUUGAGGAGGACACCACUGCAAAUUACAUGGUUGAGCUUGCAGCUGCGCAGGAUGAGAUUCGGAAGCUCGAGAAGUCAAUGAUGGACAUUUCUGUUCAACGGUCAGAGCUUGCUGCCCAGGAGCACGAGGCCCAAACAAGGGAGAAGCAGCUGGCCACCCGGGCUGCCCAACUCGAAGCCAAGUUGGGCAGCAAAACAGAUGAGACAACUCUGGAACAAAUGUGCGAGCGAAUCCGCGUGGAAUGCUUUCAAGAGAUGGAGAGUUGUGAGCUGGCGACUGCAGUAGCCCAACAGAGGGCGGCUUCGCACUCUUUGAAGAGGUUUGCGCACUUCGAUCUAAAGGACAAGAGCCUCAAGGAUCGGCAGAGCACACAUUGA